AUGACCACCUACGCACGCGUCGGCGCCGUGACUGGCGGCAACAAGGGCAUCGGCCUGGCGAUUGUCCGUCAACUCGCCCUGCAGUAUCCCAAGUCCCCCCUCAACACCGGUCCUCUCCUCAUCUACCUGACGGCGCGCAACGAAGAAAGAGGCAAAGCCGCCCUCGAAUCCCUCCGGACGGAUGCACAGUUGCAGAAAGCCAAAGCGCUGCACAGCCACGGCGGCCUCACCGACGUGGAAUAUCUCCCCCUCGACAUCGACAGCAAGCAGAGCAUCGAUGACUUUGCGGCGAAGAUCAAACAGACGCACCCCGACGGAAUAGACUUUUUGAUCAACAAUGCAGCGGUGGCAAUGGAUGGGUUUGACGAGAAUGUGGUGAAAAAGACGUUGCAUUGCAAUUAUUUCGGCACGCUAGAAGCCACGCAGCAAUUUCUGCCACACAUCAGAGACGGAGGCCGCCUCGUCAAUGUCGCGUCCAUGGCGGGUCAGCUGAGCAAGUCCAAGUACUCUGAAGGCAUCAGAACACGAUUCCUCCAGGCCAAGAAACCCGAAGAAAUCACCGAGCUGAUGGAGGAGUUCUCCUCGGCCGUGUCCAAAGGAACGCAUCAGCCAGACUGGCAUAGCGCGGCUUAUGCGGUCAGCAAGGCCGGUGUCAUCGGCAUGACCAAGACGAUUGCAGAAUUGAAUGCCGCGGGUGGAAGUAACGUGUUGGUCAACAGCUGUUGCCCAGGGUAUGUGAACACAGAUAUGACCAAGGGCAGGGGGUCCAAGACGCCGGAUCAGGGAGCGCAGACGCCUGUGCUGUUGGCGAUAGGUGAUAUCAAGGGGUCAAACGGACAGUUCUGGCAGGAGGAGAAGAUAAUCAACUGGGCUUAA